GGGUGCGAUCGGAGCGCUCGGCCCGGUUCGGUCGCUUUCGGGCGGCUUCGGGCAGUGCCCGUUCGGGAGCUGCCGUUCGGGACGGCGAAAGGGAAUUCGGGCGCGCUCGGAAAAGGUUCGGCACAUCUCGGCUUUCCUCGCGACCGCCUCACCCGCCUUCGGGCGGGAUCGGAAAAGACUCGAGCGGACUCGGGAUUCUUCGACCCCGCGGGCCGGACCGCUCGGGGACUCGGCCCUGUUCGGGCGGGCUCGGGAGCUGUCAGGUAUCGCUUCGGGCCGCGCCGCCGCGGCCUCGGCCGUAUCCUGCGCUGCGAUUGGCCGCCGGCAGGAAGCGCGGGCCCAGCGCCUCGGGACCCGCCGAGCCCCUUCGGACGAGGCCUGAAAGGACUCGGGACACUUCGGGCCGCAUCGGAAACGCUCGGUUCGACCCGGGGAGCGCACUCGGAAACGCUCGGCACCGCUCGGCGGGAGCGCCCGAGCGACCUCGGAGCAUCGCCCCCCCCACCCGGCGGCGCUCGGGGGGGAGCGGCAGGGCUCGGGGCUGCUCGGGCGGGCUCGGCCCCGCUCCCCCCCCCCAUCCCGUCCUCGCAUGGAGGACGCCGACUCGGCGGCCAAGCGGCUGGGCUUAGCGGAGGCGGUGGCGGCCGCGGUGGCGGCGGCGGCGGCAGAACCCGAGCGGCAGCAACCGCAAGGCUCGGAGGGGAAGGCGGAACGGCGGGAGGAGGUGACGGCCGUGACCGUGAUGGCGGCGGACGCCGAGCACAUCGAGAUGGGCGCCGAGCCGCUGCCCAGCGCCGACGAGGCCGCCGCAUUCGCAGAAGUCACCACAGUGACAGUGGCCAACGUUGGUGCCUCUGCAGACAACGUGUUCACCACGUCCGUGGCAAACGCAGCAUCCAUUUCGGGACACGUGCUGUCUGGGAGAACCGCCCUCCAAAUUGGGGACAGCUUGAAUACUGAGAAAGCCACUCUCAUAGUGGUUCACACAGACGGCAGCAUUGUGGAAACCACGGGGCUGAAGGGGCCAUCAGCACCUCUCACACCAGGGCCGCAAUCACCUCCUACCCCUUUAGCAACUGUCCAAGAAAAAACUGGAACCAAGUAUAACUGGGACCCAUCAGUGUAUGACAAUGAGCUCCCAGUGAGGUGCCGGAACAUCAGUGGGAUUCUGUACAAAAACAGGCUCGGCUCAGGAGGCCGUGGUAGGUGCAUUAAGCAAGGGGACAACUGGUACAGCCCCACUGAAUUUGAAGCUAUGGCAGGACGAGCCAGCAGCAAAGACUGGAAGAGGAGCAUCCGCUAUGCUGGGAGGCCCUUGCAGUGCCUUAUUCACGAUGGGAUUUUAAAUCCUCACGCUGCCUCUUGUACUUGUGCUGCCUGCUGUGAUGACAUGACUCUGAGUGGACCCAUUCGACUCUUUGUACCAUAUAAACGACGGAAAAAAGAAAAUGAAAUGUCUGCAAAUCCAGUCAAGAAGGAAUCCUCCAAAAAUAUCACUCUGCUUCCUGCCACAGCUGCUACAACAUUCACCGUGACUCCUUCUGGACAGAUCACUACCUCUGGUGCUCUCACCUUUGACCGCACGUCGACGGUGGAAGCCACAGCAAUUAUCUCAGAAAGUCCAGCCCAGGGGGAUGUUUUCACAGGAGCCACUGUUCAGGAUACCAACGUCCAGCAGCCGUGCCGGGUCGCUCACCCAGAGCCUCACUACCCAACUUACCAGGACAACUGUCAGAUCUCACCUUUCCCUGAAGCUGCGCUGCCGACAUCUCAUCCCAAAAUCGUGUUGACCCCAAUCCCUGCCCUGUCGGUGCCCCCCCAGACCCCCACCAAAGCCAUAUCCCCAACAGUGGUGAAUGGGCUGGAAGUGACGGAACAGCGGAGCUGGCUCUACUUGGAAGAGAUGGUCAACUCACUGCUCAACACGGCGCAGCAGCUCAAGUCUCUUAUCGAGCAGGCCAAGCAGGCCAGCUCUUCCUUCCGCGAGGCCGCUGUCACGCAAGCCAAGAUUCAAGCUGAUGUGGAGAGAAAAGAGCAGUGCAGAGCGGUCAGCAGCCUGUCUCUUGAGGAUAUUGAGUUGAAGAGCUUUUGAUCCUGUAACUGUCUGCAUCCCUCCCUGCUAAGGAGCCAUGCCUUCUGGCAGAAGAGCGAGGCAGAGGGCUCAGGACAGCACACCCUUUACCUGCCCUUCAGAGAAAGUGGCCCCAAGUUGUACUCUCUAAUGACAGCAUUAGGUGCCUGUGGGAGUUACAGAGCCCUGAAAGGUGAGAGGUAGGCUUUUUCCCCAAGCUUUCCUAGAGCCAGAGAGGCAUUUGUGCUGCCUGCAGACUUUUGUCACUACCUGUGAAGUGAAAGAGCAGGCAUCACUCUUUCAUCCUGCUUCCACUUUCUAAUGGUGUUAUCCAGGAGUGUUCAGUGGAGUAUUAGGAACGUUCCCCUUUUCUACAAGAUUUUGAAGGUGGAAAUGCCAACAUCAGAGAGUAGCUGUGACAGGAAGAGGAUUUGCUAAAAGUAGCAAAUAAGAACCAUAAUAAAUUGUAAGUGCAGCAUAAUUUAGAAGCAUCAACGGUCACAUUUCUUUCUUAAGAUGGCAUUUCUAAUCUGAAUUUUGCAGAUUAAUUGCAUUUCCAAACGCAUGGUCCUACCUAGAGACAGCAUCUUCAAAAGCAACAGAGUUGCCGAAUGGGGAAGCAUUGAGUAUUUAGGCUGCACAGAAGUGGAAUAUAAAAGCCUGUCUUCAUAUAAGAUUAGAAAAAAUAUCCAAAAAUAUACUUGUCAGAUGUAAAAGAAUGGAAGACAUGAGAUGUUGUAAUUUGGAAGUCCCCACAUGCACUCUAUUACUAUUUUUUGUGCUUUUUAAUUUCUGUAUGUAACAUAACAAAAAGCCACGAUAGGGUCUCUGGGUAUAAGAAGUUGUGGAAAGGCACCAGCUAGUCAAGUCCUCAAGAUAUGGACUAUUUGUAACCUCUAAAUCUACAGUUCCAGCAUUUGUGAGAAUAUCUCCUUUGCAGUCAUUUCUUUUAAGACAGAGCUGUUCAGGAGCCUAAGGAAGAGGCUGAAAUAACCUUUCAUGUUGCAUAUGCUGUUUGCCGCAUCUCAUGUGACUCUUAAUGAGGACAGCUCCUUAAUUAAUGAGCACAGCCCUCACAGAGUUGGUUCAGACACGAAACUGACUCUAUUUGGGAAAUGUGGAUGCCAUAAAGCUUGUGCUUUCAGUGAGUAAACACGCAGCUGGUGCUCAGCCUGUGUGUGGCUUUGUGCUGGCAGGGACACCAAGUGUGUCCAUCAGUAACAUUGAUGUUAUCUGGAAGUUUUGAGGAAUGAUGUCCUAAAAGAAAACCAAGCCAUGUGCUCUCCAGCUCAGUGUUUAUCUAAAAUGCAUCAUUACACAAAAUUAAAAUAUCGAAAUACUUGUAGGCUUUAUAGAAUUGCAACAUUUUGCAUGGGAUUCACUAAGUACAACUGCUGUGUCAGAACUCUGCACAGCUGUUCAGAGAGAGCUCUACUCUGUUGUAAUUAAAUGGCUUGUAGAUGAGGAUAUUGGAUCCUUUGGCUUCUGCUGGGAUUUUGGCUUUACUGCAGUUCUUAAUUAAGGGAGAAGAAAACAAUUAGGAAGAGGGUGUAUGGGGCAAGAAAGGCUUAGGGUCUCUUGGAAGAGAUGUUUGACCACUUGUAGUAGGAUUGGCCCCAAAGGAACAGAGUUAAGGCUGUACUUUGCACAAAGAUCUUUGGAAAUGUAAUUUCUUCUGAGAGUGCAUGAAGCCGUUGUUUGUAAUAGAUAGACUUCAGAAGGGGGAGAACACAUGAACCCACCAAGUUCUGUGCUGUAGAACACAGCUGGAGGGUGCAGAUCUUCAGGAAAUGUGUUAGGCAGUGUUUCUGUGUAAGGAUAAAAAAAAAUCAGAGUUGAAAUCUAACAUGUUUUAAUUGCAAUUGUCCUCUUUUUGUGAUGCAGGCGUGUCUACAGAGCCCUAUCCAUUUGAAAACAAGGUGGAAGAUUAAAUCCGUUAGCAGCUGGGCCAUCUGAAUUAUUUUUUUAGACAGAUUAAAACAGUUCAGGGCUGGAGAGUAUGAAAUUAACCUAAAAAGGAUUGGGCACUUAAGAAAAGUAGUUCCAGUAAGCAAGUGAUGACUUAUAUCCUCCAAAGCAGCUGUGGAAAUGGCUGAGAGCUGGGGCUCAUCAGUUUGCUGGAAAUGAUUUUGCAAGAAAUCUGUGUGUGUCAGGCUUGGUCGUCUCUGUUCUCACUCCUUUCCCUUUUCCACAGUUUCUCAAAGAAGUGACUGAUUCACACCGUGGGCCAGGCAGAACCAGAGGGCUCAGAGAUAAAAGGGAGGUAGAAUGGAGUUACAUUUCCAUUAGCAGGAUUUGGGGACCCAGAGCAGAGCUGAAGGGGGUGCCAUGGGUCUGACAAGCACAGGAGGUGGCUGGACUUCCUCUCAGCUUCCUUUCUCUUUGGCAAUCCCACUGGAAAACAGGAUAAGCCACAUUUGUGGAGGAUGCAGUGGAUUCUGGAGCUGUGGCAGCUCUCAGAACUGGAAUUCUGUAUCUUCAGCCCAAGAACUGUCUCUGUGCAGGUGUCACAGAGGGGCUGUAGUAGCAGGGUAUAUUUAUGCAGAUAUUUUCAAGAAAUGCUAUCUCACACGUGCUUUGGCAUCUGUACGUACACUCUCCUCACCAAGAAGUAGUUUAAAAACACUGUGCAGUGCAUAUGUACUGUCUUGCUAAUAAGCUUGAUCUUGCCUCUUUGUCUAAUUGUGGUAGAACCAGGUCAUAGCUCUUGCACCAGACAGCUUUCCCUGCCUCCUCCUCCAUCACCCCAGAGAGCUUUUUCAUCUCAUCUUUGUGUCACAGUAACAAAAAGGUUCUCAAGGUUGCAACUUCACAGGAGAAUAAAUACUGAGAUGUCAGGUCGUGGAGGCACUUAAAUCAAGCCUUUAAUCUCCUCACCUGUUGGGUCAUAUCACUCCUUGAUAAACCUGCUUUGCCUGAAGGUGGGGGUUUGUUUUUUUCCUUUCUUUCUAACUGUUCCUCAUGGAGUUUAGAUCAGGUUUAGCAUGUAACCAAAUCGGGGCCAUUUUAGAUCCCUUUGUUUGAGCACUUUGCCUCUCAGCAGCACUGGCUGUUAAGCAUGGCAGGACAAGGGUGCAGGAGCACUGAGCUCGACUUCCUUUGCAGCGCAUCCGAAGCGUACUUUAAAAUUCACCUUCAGUGGGCUGUUUAAUGGAUAAACUGUCUGAAAGCGUUAUUAUCUUUUUUUUUAAAGGAAGAAUAAUCAUUAUGCUUGAUGUUGUUUUUGAAGUCUUGGGUGUGUUAAUUUUGUCUUGACUUUUUUUUUUCCUAACCCAAUCCCAUACCUUCUGGGCAGUUCUAGCCCACAGGAUUCUCCCAUGCGUGUUGGUGGAUCAGGAUCACAAUGCUCGGCCCUCUUUGCCCAGGAAGAUGGCACGUGGCCCUAUUUCCAUGACAUUUUCCUUGGGUUUCCUUUGCUAAUUUGUCACUGUCUUGUGUGGAAUGCAGUUCCUUGUACACAGUGAAGCCACAUGUCUUGAGAUUGGAUGAAGUAGGGCUUGAAUAAAUGUAUGUAAUUGACAGUU